AUGCGUCUCUCAACCCUUUUCCUGUCAUUGAUUGGCGUGGUCUCCACCGCUGCCUCUGCGCUUCCUAAACGCCAGACCACACAACCCACUUUCUCCCGCAAUGUUGUCUUCACCCCUCCAAGAAAUGCUGGCUGGACUGAUCCAAGUGUCCUCUAUGCCCGCAGUGCACAGCUUGCCGACGGCUCCUUGCUCGCAACUUGGGAGAACUAUUCCCCCGAGCCACCAAAGGUGUACUUUCCCAUCUUCAAGUCUUCCGACGGCGGCCUCACAUGGAGAGAAAUCUCGCGCGUCCAGGACACCCAGUAUGGCUAUGGUCUGCGGUACCAGCCUUUCAUCUACGUCUUACCCGAGAGCAUUGGCGGCUUCCCGGCCGGAACAGUUCUGGUUUCAGGCUCAGCCAUCCCCACGGACCUCUCCAGCACCCAUAUUGAACUUUACGCAUCUCGAGACUCUGGACUGACCUGGACCUUCGUCUCUCAUAUUGCUGCUGGUGGUGAAGCUCGUCCCAACAACGGCUUGACACCUGUCUGGGAGCCCUUCCUGAUGUUGCACAACAAGAAGUUGAUCUGCUACUACUCCGAUCAGCGCGAGAACGCCACCUACGGCCAGAAGAUGGUCCACCAGACCACUACGGACCUCAAGACAUGGGGCCCAGUUGUCAACGAUGUCGCAUACUCCAAGUACACUGACCGCCCAGGCAUGCCCACUGUUGCCAAGCUGCCAAACGGACAAUUUAUCAUGACUUACGAAUACGGUGGUGGCCCUGCUAUCCCCAACUCCUACCAGUUCCCCGUCUACUACAAGAUUGUGUCCGACCCCGAAAAGUUUGGUCAAGCCCAAGGCAUCAGCCUCAAGGCCACUGACGGCACUAUUCCCAGUGGUUCGCCGUAUGUGGUGUGGAGUUCGGUCGGUGGUGCAAACGGCACGAUUAUUGCAAGCGCACACAGCGGUUCGCAGGUCUUCAUCAACAGGGGCCUUGGACAGGGCAACUGGAUCAAGAUCGACACACCUGAGGCCAGCUCCUACACAAGGCACCUUCGCGUCCUCAAGGACCAAACCAAAUUGUUGCUCAUGGGCGGAGGACAGCUGCCACCCAGCACCACCAACUCAAUCACCGUUACCGUUGUUGAUAUCAGCAAGUGGUGA